UCCUUCUCAGUUCCAAGAAGAAGGAAGAAUAAAGAGGAGAGGCAUUUUGAUUUAACUGAAAUGGAGAGACACUAUUUUGCAGAGGAGCUGAAGAAAGAGCGUAGGCUUGUUUGGAAUCUCAUACAUGAGAUUGAUUACAAAAAUCAGCAGUUGUCUGAAAUGGAACGUAAAUAUGAUGAGACAACUGCAACUCUUCGUGGACUUGUCGAUGGCCUCAUAGCAAAAAUUAACUCCAAGGAUAGUAUGUUGCUGGACUGGGAGCUUAAAUACAAUACAACUGUGAGACGGCUGAUGGAUGAGAACGCUAAGUUGCAAGAUGAAUUUGUUGAAGAACUUAAAAAGGUUAAGUCUGAAAAUAUUAAGCUGAAGUGUAAACUUGGGCAGCGAACCAAGGAACUAGAAGAAUGUAAAUCCCAGAGUGAUCUGGAACGAAGAACCUUGAUCAAUGAAAUGGAAGUGCUGAAAGAGAAUUUGCCUCGUCAAAAUCUUGUUGAAGUUGAUAAAACUUCAAGUGCUCAGGUUGCUGCUCUGAGGAAAGAGUUGGAGGAAAAAUCGGAGGCAUUGCUAGAUCUGGAAAGCCGUUACAAUUGUCUGACAGUCAAACAGAUUUUAACUAAUCAAGAACUCCAAGAUGCUCGUAAAGAAUCAAUAAAUGGUUUGAAAGAUAUGUUGAAUAGCAGAACAACUCUUGGAGUCAAAAGAAUGGGAGAGAUUAAUCAAAACGCUUUUGAAGUUGCUUGCUCACUAAAGUUCCCUAAUGAAGAUUGGCAGGAAAUAUCUGCUAAAUUAUGUUCAUCAUGGGAACAGAAUGUUCAGGAUCCAAAAUGGCACCCAUUUAAGAGGAUCCCUUUCCGAGGCAACUUGCAGGAAAUAGUAGAUGAAGAUGAUGAGAAGCUGAAAGAGUUGAGAAAUGAAUACGGUGAGGCUGCAUUUGAGGCUGUCACGACUGCACUGAUGGAAAUGAAUGAAUACAAUGCAAGUGGAAGGUAUGCAGUCCCUGAGAUAUGGAACUUAAAGGAGAGAAGGAGGGCCAGUAUGAAAGAAAUCAUUCAAUACAUAAUCAAGCAACUGAAGACUCAAAAGCGUAAAAGAAAGCUUACCUAGGAACCCCAGCAACUAUUUCAUGGUCCAUUUGAGAAAACCAAGCUUCUUAUGUUGCCUGCUGUCAACUGCUUCAUGGGUUCACUGUUUGCUUAUCUAUUUAGUUUAUAUUAAAGCAGAAGUACACAGCCAACUUAAUACUUUUGUAGAUGAAAAACUUUAUCCACUAAACAGGUAUAGCUGGUAAAUGUUGUAGA